CUUUUAAAAGGCGGGCCCAUCGCGACUGUCGGCAGUUUAGCGUUCAACUAUCGCAGGGGACGAAUCUUUUGGCAACACCCAGUAGGUAUCCGCGUGACCAUAAGGCUUUAAUUCAAAACACAAAAUAGACUUUGUGGCAAAGUGGGGCCCACGGAUUUAUUGCAUGGGUUGAGAUCGCAAAGAAGCGCUGCUUUGAAGUCAGCAACAAGUACCAUGUAUAGAAGCAUCAACUCUAACGCCCUGCAGCGUUCUAUGACCUUCGAUCUCACGGACGGCAUCAACAACAACUUCAUCGCCGGCGACGGCAUGACGGAGCGGCAUGUUGGCUCCCCAGGCGAGGGGGCCCCCCUUGACGACAACGACAACAGCCGGCACGCUUUCCACCCUCCCGUCCUCGUCUUCUCACGUCCGAUGCUCGCCCAGUGCACGUUCCGUCCGCUGGACGCGGACAGUUUCCAGGAAUAUAAUAAGGAGCUGGUGGACAUUUUGUCCGCCGACAACGCCGACUGCCGGGUUCGUCACUCCGACGACAUGGGCAUUAACUUCCACAACAACAAGAUCAACUCUUUCAGGUCGAAGCGGUCAGCCACGGCCCCAAACUCCCCCGGGCCCUACUGCAAGAAAGACAACCAGCAUCUGUGGAAGUCUUUCAGCGCUGCUCCCAGCAGGAAGAACUCCAUCCACUACGAGACUCUGGAGAGCGUGACCGUGGCCGAGCUGUAUAAUGUGGCCGAGGACGCUGACCAGAGCAACGAGGAUACCCCACACGCUUCUGGGCACACUACCCCCAACGACAAUGCAGCUGAAGACACGCCCUCAGUCGUAGAGCCUGCCUCGCCCCGCGACGGACCCGUGACCGGAGAUCCCAGUUUGCUGAGGUCUAGAACCGAGUCGGUGAGUUUUGUCAAGCUGUUCAACCGAAUCCGCCUGGAAAGAGAUGCCAGCUUUGAAUCCAUCUCUUCAGAUGGUCAGACUGAUCCGAAGGUUCUGGAUCAGGACAUGGUGGACAACAGUGUAUAUGAUCUUCUCUGUGCGGAGAGGGUGUCACAGAUGACAAAAACCUACAAUGACAUAGAAGCUGUCACACGUUUAUUGGAGGAGAAAGAGCGUGAUCUCGAGUUAGCCGCUCGGAUCGGUCAGACCCUUUUGUCCAAGAACAAGGAACUCUCUAACCGCACAGAAUCUUUAGAAGACCAGUUGACCCAGGCCAAUGACAAAGUCAACCAGCUCCGACAUGACUUAAGUAUGAAAGAGGAGCUGCUCCGGUUCUACAAUGAGGACUUGGAAUUGCAGCAUGGUGCCGAUGUUACACCAAAUGAGAAACCAACUCAUGGAAUCAACGUUGAUUUCCUGGAGAGGAAAGUUAAGAAUUUGGAAGAUGAAAACUUAAAUUUAAGGCUUGAGAGUGCUCAGCUCAAGUCAGAGACAGACAAUCUGGAAGAAAAAGAAAAGCGACUUGUAGAAGAUUGUAUUCAACAGUUAGCUGAAGUCAACCAGCAAGUUGAGUCUCUGGCUGAGGAGCUGCACCACAAGGUUGAAGAAAAUAACCACCAGAAAGAAGAAAUCACUGGAUUCUUGGCCCAGAUUGCAGAGCUUCAAAAGAAAAUUCGACUGCUUACGCUGGACAAUAUGGACCUUCAUGAGAAGCUUACAGCGUCCCAGGAAUCUCAGCGCAGGUUGACUAAAGAGCUGGGCAGUAUGCAGGACAAGUAUGAUGAGCUGCUGGAGAUGCUGGAAGAAACCCAGGACGAGCUCCGCAUAGCCAAGGGAAAGCACAAAGUCAAGGCUAGCGGCCAGCACCACCACUCAGCAUUCGCCAUCCCGACAGACUCUCUAGCGUCAGAGCUUGAAACAUCACUACAGCAAGAACUGUCUCAGUCGACCAGAAGAGCUCAGAGUUGGAAAGUAUUUGAAACGGCUAGGGCUGCCAAAAGAGCCGCUGCCAAGGCUGCGGAGAGGGAGAGCACGUCAUCCACCCGGAUGUCAUUGCUGAGCGUACCCACUUCACACAACGAGAGCGACUCUCAGAACCAAUCAGCCUACCCAUCAGAUGUGGAGAGCUUUGCUAGUGACGGAUACAGUGCUGACAUGGACAGUUUAUAUGGGUCCAAUCCAGAGUUGGGACGGCCGGGCAUACCAGGCUCCAACGACCUGGAGAGUGCUUUGAAGAGGCUGGCCAUGAGAAGAGCCAACGAGCUGAACGAGAGGGACUUUCAUGAGGAGGAGAGGAGGAAAAAGAAAGAACAAGAGUCAAUGCAAAGUGGAGCCACUUCCCCAUUCGGCACCAAGAGUCCAGGCUCUGUCAAGUCUUACCAAAGUGGUUACUCAAACAACUGGAGCAAUCUACCCGGUUCAGGUCUUUCAUCUUACAAAAUGUCGGACAAGCUUCAGAUUGUGAAACCAUUGGAAGGUUCCAUGACACUCAGACACUGGCAGCACCUUGCUACGCCUCACCUGGGAGGCAUAUUUGAAGAGAGGGACGGGGUGCAGAUCAGGGGAGAGAAGAAGUUGGACCUGGUGGAGGAGGUGUACUCCCUGAGUGACUUUGAAGAAGAUGAUGAUCCCAAUGUCCAUACCCGCAAAGAGCAAGACAGCAGUCUUAUUUACACCUUCACAGAUUCAACAGUUCGGAACCCUGGACCUUACAGAGGUCUGGGCACGCUAAGCAGUAUGAAUUCAUCAACAUCAGAGUAUCCCGUUCACUCUUCAACACCAAAAGCUGAACCGCUGACCCUUCAGGCCAUGGCUCAGGACAACACUCAGAGCACCUACAGCAUGUCCCUUGGCCUCGCUGCUUUACUUCAGAGUCGAGAGAGUGCCGGCAGUGACAAGCACGCUGUCUCCCGUGUCUCUGCGCCAAAGUUCAACAGCGCCAGUGCCCCUGACAGCAAAACGUCCCCGCCAUCGACACAAGCUACCUCCCCCCUCAAUUUGACAGACUUGAAUCAAAGGGUGCUGUCUCGCAGUGUUGCCCUCUCCUCGCCCAGGACCCUCCCUGGGUCAAGGUCCUUUGAGCAGAUCAUGAAAGAGCGGGAACACUCACCGCAAUUUUCUUUGGACGAAGCAGACAGGAAGGAGCCUAGCCUGUUCCCUCCGGGGAUGACCGGUCAGGGCUUCCUUCAACAGCUGAAAAACAAAGGCUACUCGUUGUAUGGUUUGUGGGGCGGCAAGCCCAAGGAAGAGACUGCUUCUUCUGCCGACAGCAGCACUGACGCUGUAGGAGGUGCCACUGCUGCACCAGCGGAAGACCCCAAAGCCAGCGCCAAGGCAGUGUUUGCCAACGGAAGUGGAGUAGGCGUGCUGGGCGCUCUCACAAGCUUUAGAAGGAGUGGAAUUUUGUAAAGCAGCCAAAGACAGAAACUACUAUUUAUCACUUUUAUAAAUAUAUAUACCUUUACAAACUGUUUGAUGGAGAAGAUUGUACAUAAAUAAAUCUCUAUACCGACUGUUGGUGCUGACAGUCUUGACUUGGUUGAUGUCAAAAAUUCAUUUCUUUGUCAUGCUUUGGACUUCUGUUUAUUUUAUCACUUGUUUUACAUUGGAAGUUUGUUUGCGAACAUUUAUACAGAAGUAACUGUGUAGCUAGGGCAGCAUUCAGUUUAGAUUCUUGACAUUUUUUAUAGAUUUGUAAAAGUCACCUGUUUUUUUAAGUCAAAAUUGUUUUACAAGUUUGUUGUUGUGGUCUUAUCACCAUUUUCUAAAGUGUUGCAGUUGUUUUUUUUGUUGUUUAUUUUCUGUUGUUUUAAAAGACAAACAAACAAAAUCUUUGCUGAGUUUUAGCAAGAAAACUUGAUUAUGUUGUUACAUAAGAAUAAAGUCAGCAAUAGUGUCUUGAAGAAAAGAUGCAAACUUAGUAACUGGUUCAGCCAACCAUUAACGAACAUCUGCAGGUUAAUAUAAAAGCCUAAAACUUUUUAAUUAGAUUGCACGUUUUUUUUUUAAAUGUUAAGAAAAACUAACAGGGAUGAAAAAUGACAAGAUUUUAUUGAAAGAAAUGGUAGCAUAGAAUAUGGAGCCAGGAUAAUGGUUUUGUUUGUUUUCAUAAUGACAGGGUUGAUAGAGAUGAAACUACAAGCUAGUAAUAUAUUAUAUGAAUGUACAAAUAUAAAUAACAGUUAUAAAGUCAAACCAUUUUGAUGGGAUACACUUUUAAUAUGAUGUCUAAAUAUGUAAAAAAAAUAUUUUUUUUUGUAUGAAGUGUACAUAAACAAUAAUAAUUUAUUUUCAAUUUGGUUUCUGAUGCAAACUUUAAACUGGACAACUUGUUCAAUUAUUUGUGUCAACUUGAGGGAAGGAUUUUUUUUUUUUUUCAAGCGCGCUUUUCCAUUCUGUAAAUGUUUGGAGUAAAUACGUACUGUGAUAUAGGUCAGAGCGUGUUUUGGACGCAGAGAAAAUUAGUUCAACAGUCGGUAGUCAGGACAUAUUUAACGGCAGCAAUUAAAUGUUGUUAAUAUUUCGUUUCUUUUUUGUUUUUUUUUGUUUGUGUCUUUGUAAAAUUUGCAACUCAAUGAAUUUGGUUUCAAUAGACAGAGAAAGAAGAAGAAAAACAAAAAUUCUAAAAUGUUGGCAAUUUUAUCCGAGAAUUAAUUGGUAGACUUCUCUAUGGCAAAGUAAAAUCUAUAAAUGUUCUAAGUACAAACUGGCACUGAUAACAAAAAAAAAAAACAUAAAAAAAAAAAACAACAGAAGCAUAUUUAGAAAACAAAACAAAAAAAAAAACAGAAUCAUAUUUAAAAGAUACAAAACAAAUAAUAAUUAAGAUAAGUUUCUAGUGUAUACAGGAUUUAUUUCAAGAAAGGUUAACAAUUAUGUGAAUGAACACUGUCUGUAAUUUUAAUACUAAUGGUUUUGUUUGGUUUGCCCUUUCAAAAGUGUGCUAGUUUUGAAAGUGUAACGACUGUAUCAAAAAGGAUGCUUGAAAAUAGUUCAUUUGAUAUUGGGUGUAACAGUUUCCAUUGAAAACUGCCAAGGUUUAACAUUUUAAAACUUUAACAAUUAGGGCUGUUCUUAAAGGUAAUGCUAAACCAUCAAGAUUGUAUUUCCGAAACAUCAGCUUUUUCUUUAGUGUCUAAUAAAUAAUUUAACGUUACAUUGCUCAAGACAUAACUAGAGUUUUUAUUUGAAUUCUGGUGUAAAAACAAAUAAUUCAGUUAACAGUAGAAUAAGUUUCUCUCUCUUAGAAAAAAAUGUUAAGAUGUGUGAUUCGGCUAUCGAAAUUGUUGGUUCAGCUUUGUUGACAAUACUUGUUGGCUGUGUUAGAGAGUAGGCUACUAUUGUUUAAGGUCCACUCCGAUCAAUUCUUCCAUAGAUAGAAGUAAUGAAUUGCAAUAUGUACCUCAUUAGUGAUCUGACUUGUGUCUCUGUGAUUUGAUACCCUAUUUUAAUUAUAAUAAUUAAAAAAAAAGCUCCUGCUCAUUUGAAUGUAUGUCUGUUGUAUUUUAUGCAUGCAAAAUGUACAGGCUCAUUUGAUGUUAUAAACAGUCUUGUAUUGGCUUCUUUUAUAUAGAGAUUUUUUUUUUUUACCUUUUUAUCUGUAUCAUAGAAAGGAAAUGUGGAAUUAUUUAAUCUCCCAAGCUCUAUAGCCAUUGUUUGAUUUCAGAUUUGACCUUUGUCUUUCAUUGUUUGACCUUUUUAUGUUUUGUUUUGCUCAUCUUUUGAUGUAAUUUUCAUCUCUGCUUAGAGUUAGAGCAAUAAGUACCCACCUUCGCAUUUGACAGUCAUUGUUCUCUGUUUUUUUUAUUUUUCUCUUUUUUUUUUUAAUUUAGUAGGAGAAUGAUUCUAACAGCCAGCGCUAAAACUAAAGUUUAUACAUUUUGAAUUGAAAGCUUGCAUGUUGUUAAUAUAAGAAGUCUAGCUUGAAUAGUUUUCAUUUGCCAAAUUAAAUACAGAUUUGUUUAUAAUGUGUUAACUUUUUAAAUUAUAAUUUCUAAGUAUUGGUGAUUUAUAUUUUUACUAUAGAAGAACUAGGGAAUGUAAAAAAGUUGAAAUUGUUUAAAAAUGCAUCAAUUGGUCUCAGUGUAUUUGAAAGAAAUUAAAGUGUCUCUUUCGAAAGGUAUGGGUCUAGAAUCGUUUUUUUUUCGUCUUUGAAAAUGUGUUCAGUACAUCUAGCCAUAAUUACAGAAAGACCUCCUCCUCUUGAUACCUAUUUCUUUUUCAUAUGAGCCUAUAGGGUAUUCUUUCGAUCAGUCCAUCUGUCUGCAGACUUCUUGUCUGAUAAAUUAUAAGUGUUGCAGUCAAGCCAGCUUUAAUGUUUAACUAGAUGUUCAGUAGUUUCAGAUAUUUAUUUAUAUUUGUAUUGCCUCAUGACUAAAUCUAUUUAUAGUAAAUGUUUGGAACUAUUGAAAAAGCUGUAUAGAUAUAUUUUGGUGCAAUGGUUUUUAAUUAAUUAAUAUUUAGAGAGACUUUCAAUAGCUUGCAUAUUUCAGAUGCAAUGUUUGCUAAAUGUUUAACUAGCAAUUGAUUUCAUAGUCAAUUAGUAAUAAUUUAUUCUCAGGUUGAUUUUGCUAGUGUAGAGCCUGCAGAUUUGAUUUCACCAGUUUGUUUGCUGAGGCUCUGUUUUUCACCUGUCUCAUUGACCAUGGCUCAAGCCAAGAGUUUGUACCCAGACAUAAUGUUGUGAUUCUAGUGUACAUACGUAUAUGUUAUCAAACGUAGCAGUAUGUCUUUUUAAUAUGAAAUUAUUACAUUAUCAUUACAUGACUUCUUUUUUUUUUUUUUUUUCAA